CUUCUAGUGAAAUAUAACGCACUAACUAUAUUUCGAAUAAACGUAAAAUAAAAAAUCUAAACUACUUUGUUCAUAUAAUUUCCCUGCAAUUCAUAAGAGUGCUCAACGCCUUGGCAAAUAAAAUAGCAAUUAUUAGUAAUCACGUUUUUGCUAACAGUCUCUGUCGGAGCUCAUAAAAUGGUAGUAACGAGCCGUAAUAAAAUAGUACUUAGUUUUUUACUAUCCAUUUAUCUUUCCAAUUCAUGUAACGCUAUAAAAUGCUUUGAUUGUAAUAGUUCUAACAAUUCUGCCUGUUUGGACAUGCACCUUCAUAAGAUGCACGCCAUCGUGCCUGUCGUCGACUGCGCUAAAGCACUCCCCAAUGCUUUGAGCAGUCAAUUCUUUUGCAGGAAAAUGGUGCAAACAAUUCUACAUCCGGAUCAGACACCCGAUAUCCGGGUAAUUCGUAGUUGCGGCUGGGUGAAGCACAAGAGGGAAUGCUACACGGCUGACAACAAAGACCACUUGGAGACAGUCUGUCAAUGCUUCGGUGAUAUGUGCAACGCGGGAAAUGUCCUUGAAAACGUCAAAAUUACAGUUCUUUGGGCUUUAUCAGCCAUCUUUGUUUAUGUAAAUAAUUGGAGGAGUAAUCUUUAAAGUUAU